GUGGAUUCAUUACUGAAGCUGCUGAGCAUAACUAUAAUAUGAUGGUUGAAAGAUUGAAUGAGAUGGAGCCAGAUGAAAACAUGGAUGAUGCAGCGAAUGCCGUGUUCAGGGAUGUAUUAGGACAUCAAUCUGGAUAUGCGAGAGGUUUAGGCCACUUAGUAAUACCAGACCCAUCUCCAUCAUUGUUGAAGAAUAGGGAGUUUCAACGUAUUAACGAAGAGAAUGAGAAGAACAAGGCUGAGGCGCAAGGGUUAAAGACUGAACUUGAUGCUUUCAAGAGAGACAUGGCUGCCAUGAGGGCCCACUUUUUAGAUGUUGAGAAGGACUUAAUUUUUCGUAUGACAGAAUUGGAGUCCCAGAGUCAGUCUCGUAAUGAGAUUGAGCUGGGAGAUGCAUAGGCAUCUUAAAAAAAUAUGGGGGUACCAG